UCAGAAUGAUAAAGCAACCAGGAUAAUUAUGGUUGGCCAUGGAGGAUAAGCAGGAAACUUGUCCCAGGGUGGACAGAGAUUUUGUUUCUGACAAAGUAAAUUUCAAAACCGAGGAAGAAAAUGAUGAUCAGAUUCCUUGUCACCGUUUGGAACAAGUGGACUUUAAAAGUGAGUCAGAGGAUAUGAGACAGACAGACAGUGGCGAUGAACAAGCAGAAAUCAGGGCAGCAAGCUGUGCCUGUCAGCCCUCUGGGAAAUUUUUACCUGCCGAGAGCGAGGAUGACCAUGGGUCACUCUUCUCCCAGUAUAGUAGCACACUGUACAACGUAGCCAUGGAAGCUGUGACCCAGAAUCUUCUUUCCAGUCGACACAUAAGCUCCAGGAAGAAGUCUCCAGCUUGGAAGCAUUUCUUUAUUUCCCUUCGAGAUAGCACUAAAGCAAUAUGCACAUACUGUAUGAAAGAGUUCAGUAGGGGCAAAAAUGAAAAAGACCUGAGUACAAGCUGCCUCAUGAGACACGUGAGGCGGGCACACCCCACCAAGCUCAUUCAAGAAAAUGGAAGUCUAUCAGCAGGGUCCUCCUUCUCCUCUCCCUCUCUUCUGCUUCCACCACAGCCUGCAGAUGUGGGAGACCUUAGCACUGUGCCUGUCAGACUGGUCCAGAAAAUGGCUCCCAAGAUCCCAUCCCCUGACCAAAUAAUGGAAGAGUCUGUGACUGUAGUCUCUUCUGAAGAGGUGUCCUCUGAUGUAUCUAUUACUGAAAAGUAUAGCAGAGAGGAGACUUUGGCAGGCUCCUUCCCCAGCCUUUCCAUGCUCCAUUAUGAUGACACUUCAGAAACCAUGGCAGACAGAAACCUUUCACUUCCCAAAAGCACAUCUGGGUCCAGGAGGAGGUCAGCCGUCUGGAAGCACUUCUACUUGUCACCCCUCGAUAGCUCCAAGGCUGUCUGUGUCCACUGUAUGAAUGAGUUCAGUAGAGGGAAGAACGGGAAGGACCUGGGCACAAGCUGCCUCAUCAGGCACAUGUGGAGAGCACAUCGAUCCAUUGUACUACAGGAGAAUGGGGGCAGCACAGGUAUCCCACCAUUGUACCCUAUGCCCCCAACCCUGCUGCCUGCCCUGCUGCCUCCAGAAGGGGAUCUCAACUCUGCAUCGUUGUCUCCAGGGAAACAAGUCAAAGAGUCCCCUUCUGCCUCCUCAUCCCCAGACAGGCUUCCUGAGGACCUGUCAUCACACACUAAUCCUGGGGACGUGUCCCGGGAAGAUGUGUCCAUGUUGUCAUCUUCUGAUGACUUGGGGGAGGCCUCUGUAGUAUCCUCUCCAGAGAAGCAGUCAGCAGACACAGCAAAUCCAAGGUUUGAAUCAGGCACUGUCUUCCAGCAAAAUAAGAAGGUGAUGAGAAGACUGAAGUCAGAAGUCUGGCAUCACUUUUCCCUGGCCCCCACGGAUAGUCUCAAAGCAGUUUGCCGGUACUGUAGCUGCGUUAUUAGUCGGGGGAAGAAGGGAGAUGUUGGCACCAGUUGUUUGAUGCGACACUUGUACAGAAGCCACCCUGAGGUAGUUGGGAACCAGAAGGACUUUCUGGGUGCAAGUUUGGCAAACUCUCCAUAUGCCACUUUGGCUUCUGCAGAAAGUUCCUCCAAAUUAACUGACUUGCCAGCAGUGGUCAGAAAAAACCAUCAAGGUAUGUUUCCUGCUAAUAGCAAGAAGACCUCAAAGCUGUGGAAUCACUUUUCUAUUUGUUCAGCAGACUCAACAAAGGUGGUGUGCCUGCACUGUGGCCAGACCAUCAGCAGGGGCAAGAAGCCCACUAACCUGGGCACCAGCUGUCUCUUGAGACAUCUGCAGCGGUUCCAUGAGCAUGUACUCAAGAAUGAUGUCUCAGAGGCCACUCUGCCCCGUUCUCCAGGCAUCCGGAGGCCUCUGGGCAUAGAGCUAUCAGGGGCUUCCUCUUUCCGUGACUCCACAGAGAAGUUCUAUGAUCAUCCAGUUGCCAAAAAAAUCACAAGUCUCGUAGCUGAAAUGAUUGCACUCGACCUUCAGCCAUACUCCUUUGUAGACAACGUUGGCUUUAACAGGCUGCUCGAAUACUUGAAACCUCAGUACUCUCUACCGUCCCCUUCCUACUUCUCUAGGACAGCUAUCCCAGGUAUGUAUGAUAAUGUGAAACAGAUAAUUAUGUCACAUCUGAAGGAAGCUGAGAGUGGUGUGGUCCACUUCACCUCUGGAAUAUGGAUGAGUAGCCAGACUUGUGAAUACCUGACCCUUACAGCUCACUGGGUCACCUUUGCAUCUGCUGUCCGACCAAAUUGUGAGGACCACCAUUGCUCAGCACUUUUAGAUGUGUCACAGAUCGACUGUGACUAUAGUGGAAACAGCAUUCAGAAACAGCUGGAGUGUUAGUGGGAAGCCUGGGUGACUUCCAUUGGCCUUCAGAUUGGCAUCACUGUCACUGACAAUCCAAGCAUAGGGAAGAUGCUGAGUGAGUGUGAACACUCAAGUGUACAGUGCUUCAGUCACACAGUGAAUCUGAUUGUGAGUGAGGCUAUCAAGAGCCAGAGGAUGGUGCAGAACUUACUGAGUAUUGCCCGGAAGCUGUGUGAGCCUGUCCAUCGGUCACCCAGAGCAAGAGAGAAGUUAGCAGAACUGCAGAAGGAGUCCGAGCUGCCACAGCGCCAGCUGAUCCAGGAUGUCCCAUCCAAGUGGAGCACAUCAUUCCACAUGCUUGAACGUCUCAUUGAGCAGAAGAGGGCAGUUAAUGAGGUAUCCACUGAGUGUAACUUCAGAGAAUUGAUCAGCUGUGACCAGUGGGAGGUCAUGCAGUCUGUGUGCCAUGUGCUGAGACCAUUUGAUGCUACAAGCCGAGAGAUGAGUGUCCACAUGUCUACACUGAGCCAGGUCAUCCCCAUGAUCCACAUCCUCAGCAGGAAAGUUGAGAUGCUAUUUGAGGAGACAAUGGGCAUUGACACCAUGCUUAAGUCCCUGAAGGAAGCCAUGGCAAGCCGCCUGUCUGCCACCCUCCAUGACCCCAGGUACAUCUUUGCCACACUGCUGGACCCUCGCUACAAAGCUUCCCUGUUCACAGAGGAGGAGGCAGAGCAGUACAGGCAAGACUUAAUCAGGGAGCUAGAAAUAUUGAAUUCUACCUCAGAGGACACGGCCACCUCCAAUGGCUGUGACUCAGGGUCCCCACUUAAAGACACUGGCACAGAGGAGAGUCUGUGGUCCCUCGCACCAAUAAAGAGAGAUCAGAGAGAGAAGCUACCUGAAGACAUGGUGCUUGCAUAUUUGGAGGAAGAGGUGCUGGAACACAGCUGUGACCCACUUACCUACUGGAACCUGAAGCGGUCAUCAUGGCCUGGACUAUCUACCUUAGCAGUCCGAUUUCUGGGCUGUCCCCCAAGUACAGUCCCCUCAGAAAAGCUGUUUAGCACACCCAUGGAGGCUGGCAGCUUUGGCCAGCCCAGGCUCAUGAUGGAGCAUUUUGAAAAGCUCAUCUUUUUAAAAGUAAAUCUCCCCUUAAUAUGCUUUCAGUAUUGAACUCAGAGAUGGAGCCACCAGACUGGAAAUGUGCUUCAGAGUGCUAGCUAUUGUACCAGGGCUGACUCGCCUGGCAGGGCCAUGUAGGACACCAGACCAGGCAUCUGGGGCUCCCUGC